CUUUCAGCAGAAUCGAAUCGCGAUAAAGGGAUUCUGAGAGAAAUCCUGGGGAUGGCGAGCAGGGCCGGGGCUUCCUUAGCUUGCACUCUGGUUCUGGGGUGCGAGAGACUGCACGAGUUUCCAUGCAAGAUUCUUGCGGCUCGCGAGUCCCGGAUGAUCGGUCGCUGGCUAGAGCGAAUCCCGGAUCUUGUGCACGGGCUGGGGUCGAAUUAGCGUGAGGGUCGGUUGGAACGCUUUUCUUUAAUCCAGAAAAUGGAGCAAAGAGCGAGAAUUGGUGGAUUGGUGUGGAUAGUGCUCGUGGUGUGCUGUGUAAUCGGUGAUAUUGUGAAUGCCCACCGAAUUGAUCUUCACACUCACUUCGUUCCUCCAUUUUACCGACAAUAUCUCGCAGAACGCCAUGCCUUGGCAGGAGGGAUUCCGACCCCGGACUGGAAUGUCUCGUGGCAUUUAGAGGUCAUGGACCAGCUCGGGAUUGAAACCAGCGUGGUGGCGAUCACUACUCCAGGAGCGAGAAUUCACCCUGACGACACCCUCGAUGGCCGUGCCCUGGCCCGCAAGCUCAACGAGUACGCCCACUACGAGCUGGUUCAGAAAUAUCCCGGGCGAUUCCAGUUCUGGGCCACCGUCACUCUUCCGGAUGUCGAAGGCUCUAUAGCGGAGUUCAUUCACGCCUUCGACAACCUCGGAGCAAUGGGCGUUUUUCUCGAGGCCAACAAGUUCGGAAUCUAUUUGGGAGACCCAUCUCUCGAUCCAUUCUUCAAGGUGCUAGACGAUUACAAGGCCGUGGUUCUUCUCCACCCGAAUUCGUUGCCGGACGACGCCGGCGUUCCAGGGAUUCCCCCGGCUUUGGUGGAUUUCACGCUGGACACGACGAGAGCGGCGCUGAACCUGGUGUUCAAAAAUACCACCAGAAAGUUUCCCAACAUUCGUUACGUGCUUGCGCAUUCGGGAGGAUUUCUCCCCUUCGUGGUUUACAGAUUCGCCUUCGGGGCCGCGGACACAGACGCAGUUCUGGAGCAGUUCAAGGAAUAUUACUUCGACACUGCGCUCUCCAGCAGCCCAGCUUCUCUGCCUUCCACGAUUGCCGUGGCAAUGCCGGAGCGAAUCACUUAUGGCACCGACUUCCCUUAUGCGAGCGAGAUCUCCCUGCAGCGUUUCACCAACGCUCUGGACACAUAUGACAUGCCGGAAUGGCGGCGAAUGAGGAUAAACUGCACCAAUGCCCUCGAGCUUUUCAACGGAUUCAAGCGCGUUUAGGUUAUAGAAUUGAAUUGCGAGGAUCAUGUUUUGAGUUGCUUCGAAUCACAUUCGAGGAAGGAUUGGAGGGCGUCAGUGGCGGUGUGUUUUGUACGUGCUCUUUCGCGAUGAAUGCUUGAGCGCGUCUACGUUUUGACAUUGAUUUGAUGUGGGCAACAAAUUUUGAAAGCUGGAGGUACUGCCUCCGGAUGGUUCACCACGGAUUUCGUCCUGAGUGUCCUGACGACAUUUCAGCUCCACGCUGCUGUUCUGGUGUUGUAGGACUAGGACGAAAUUCUCUAGUUGUUAGUAAACACGAUCACUAUUAUUGAGAGGAGACAUUGUGCGAGGAUGGAAGAUCGGCAUGCACAAUACUGAAGAGAAAUUAGAAUCGGUUAAGAGUAGACAACAUUGACUGUACAAACUUCAUUCUGCGAUGAGAAAUUCGCUAAUUUUCUCACAGAAUCGCAUAAAAGAUGUUCGAAUUUUUCCAGACACUUGCCUCUC